AUGGUGAGCGUAGUGCAGGAUAAUACUCAGGAGUCGAAAUUUAUGAAUCAUGCACGAAAAGUGGAUGGACAUUUGGCUACCAUCUCGCUCGAUAAAACAGUAGAAAAAAUCCCUCCGUGUAACACUAUAAAAAGCAAUAUCAACCGCAGUGCCGGGAUGUGUCUGCUGAUGGAAAGACUGCUUAAUGAAGCAGGAUUGAACCGCGUAGAAAAUCAAAGCAGCGGUAUUUUACUGGGGUGGGAGAGUGGCGGUAGUGGAUCCCGUAAGCUCGGAAGCCAUUAA